AUGACGGCUCGGAAUGACGACGGUGAUGGACUAUCCCUCGGGCUCUCCACGAGGAACGACGCAUGGCGAAACCGUGUCGAUUGGGAAGCCACGUUGCCGACCAAGGAAGAGCUAGUUCCUCUUAAUCAACGCCUUAUUACUCCUAUGCUCGCCGCGGCGUUCAGUAUUAAGGAGUCAAUGUACAACGUUACGGAACAAGAUGUUGAACGUGCUGCUCAGGCCACGUUGAACAACAUAUUGCAACACCCGAGAUUAACGACACGACCCGAAAUCGUUCCUCCCAGCUUGAAUCACCCUCAGUUUCAGUCUCUUCACACUGGAGCCUCCCGCGCCGCCGCUCCGUCCAAUCACCCUCCUCCUGCAGACGCGUCUCCUUUCGCAAACGUUCCUUCGCGACCGUCGCACGACCAGGAGCACCCGGAACGCGGGCGGGAUGAGCGGAGCCGGCAGGAUCAUUUUGACCCCGCUGACCGUUUCGUUGACGAUGACCGCGCGUCUCAAGGGGACCGCGCACCUGCGCUCCACCGCGCGCCUCCAGGGGACCGCGCGCCAGUGUCGCGUGCAGAGCAGGAGAGGCAAGAGCAGCAACGCGAGCACUUGCAUGGGAGGCAGCAGCAGCAGAGGGAGCAGCAGAGGGAUCAGGAACGGGAGCAGGGUUACCAGAGGCAAGAGUCUGAAAGAGAGCGGCAGCAGCAGGAGAGGCAGCAGCGGCAGCAGGAGCAGCGCGAGCAAUUUUCCGCGUCAGCUGGAGCGGAAGCGAUGCGUGGGGAGGGGGACAAGCGGGCGGCCGCUGCGCUGUUCCCCGGCUAUCAGGGGGCCCCCCGCGACGGGGAGCCCAGGCGCGCGGAUUUUGACGGACGGAGGUUCUAUAACGAAGCUGAUCGCAAGCUUUCUAACGAGGAUGGGCAGGAUAGGUCUCAAGCGCGGUUGCCAUACAACGACGGCCGGCUCGGCAAUACCAAUGCUAGUCCGCAUCAGUCCGUACCCAAUGAUCCCGACCGUUCGAACGCCCGAUUUGGCACAGGCGGACUACGAGGCGCUACUGCUGACGUGGACGCCAGGUUCGGAGGGUGGAGACAUGAUGGGGGUGGCUCGGAAGCAGGCUCGGAUGGAGGCUCGGGUGGUGCUGGAAGAGGGUCUUUGGGGGAAGGGUUGAGGCGCCCUGGUGAUGGGACGGAUAAUGCGCAAAAGGGGCGAAAUGGGGGAAAUAACCCUAGAAAUUUGACAGCUCCUGUAAGGCGCGUGUCGGAAAAUGGGCCUGAAUUUUCGGGAGAUGGAGGUCAGGGUCGUCGGGAGGAGAGUGAGGGAGUGAGAGAGAGGGGGAGAGAGAGGGGGUGGGAGCGAGAGAGGAAGAGGGAAAGCCAAAGGGAACGAGAGAGAGGAAGCGAGGAGGAAGACGACGAGAGGAGGGAGAGGGAUUGGCAGCGAGAGAGGGGUGGAGAGAGGUCAAGAGAGGUGGAAAGGCGGCGGCAGCAUCAGAGGGAAGGAGGGGGGGGAAGCCAGAGGGACGGAGGGGGGGGGAUGAGCAGGGGAGGUGUGAGCGAUAGCGUUGGGAACGGGAAGGGGUUGAGUAUGGACGAGGGGGAGGGGAGGAAUGGGAGCCUAAGGAGUGGCAAUGCGAAGGAGAGGAUGCAGGAGCAGCGGCAGCAGGAGGAGCAGCAGGAGGGUGGGGGGAAGAGGGCGCGGAAAGGGAAGGAGUCGUCACCUGAGCCAGACGAAGAUUCAGGUAAUCAAGAGGGCAAUAGCAGCGACGGGCAGCCACGCACUCUUAAGCGCCCUCGCCUCGUCUGGACCCCACAGCUGCACAAGCGGUUUGUGGACGCGGUGUCGCAUCUGGGCAUCAAGAACGCCGUUCCCAAAACCAUCAUGCAGUUGAUGAACGUUGAAGGGCUGACCAGGGAGAAUGUGGCAUCACAUCUGCAGAAGUAUCGGCUCUACCUUAAGCGGAUGCAGGUGAGAUGUAGAGAGAUGGAGAGAUAUGGGAUGAGAUAG